AUGUCUAGAUUUUUAACAGCAGCCCUCCUUCUUGGGCAAACCUUUGCUUAUGACACCGUUCUUGGAUUUAAUUCGCGCCCACUAGUGGAAACUCGGACAAUUGAAGAAAUCUACAAUGCUGCUCUCAAAGAAGGUGGAACUGUUACAGUUUGGCAUGGUGGCGACGAAAAAGAUCAACAAGACUCUUUGAAAAGCGCUUUCGAGGAGCGCUUUCCCGGGAUGACACUGAAUAUUACUGUGGAUCUCUCCAAAUAUCUCGACGGCGAAAUUGACCAACAGCUAUAUAAUAACAAUGUUUUCGUUGAUAGCAUCAUUCUUCAAACACUACAAGACUUUCCACGUUGGCAACAGGAAGGUGCUCUGCUCAACUACGCCCCCGUCGGAUUUGACAAAGUAUAUUCGGCAUUCAAAGAUUCCAUAUCGGCUUCGUGGUAUGGAUACAGCAUAUUUUUCUGGAGUAUUUCCUGGAAUACUGCCAAACUGCCAAAUAUCAAGAACAUAUCUUCUUACAGCGAUCUCUUAAAACCGGAAUUUAAAAACAAACUCGUCCUAACAUACCCCAAUGACGAUGACGCUGUUCUUUUUGCUUUCUAUCAGAUUAUGCAGCAGCUUGGGACCAAGUGGUUUGAUGAUCUUUUGAAGCAAAAUCCUCGAUGGGUUCGUGGGACUGCUACCCCUCUUACUAUCGUGAGCGGAGCCAACUACUCUCAAUCAGCCACGUUUACAAGCUUUGGUGGAUUUAACCCCGGGAAAAACGUCAACAUUUCUUUCCCGAAUGACGCAGAAUUUGUCACUUGGCCUCAGACUGCCGCAAUCCUAAAGAAUGCGCCGCAUCCUGAAAGUGCAAAGCUCUUCCACAACUUUCUCCUCAGCUCUGAUCAUCAAAAGACUGUCCCUUUGAGUGUUCGGAAAGAUAUCGACUCCUCUGAAUCACCAUAUCGGAAUAUAAUGAACACACCUCACACAAAUCCGACGACAUUUGCCAAGUUUAUGAGUGAUCGUGUGACGGUUGAGCGACUGAGGUUUUACUUCGAGAAUCGCCUGGGUUCAGCGCAAGGAUUAAGCCCUUUGAUCGAUGAUAUCUAG